UUGGCACUUUUAUCCAAGAGGUCGCCACUGAUUCGUUACAAAGUAUCUACCGUCGAUAAUACAGUUUGAUAGUUAUAUCAUCUUAGUGUGAUGUUCAUUCUAUUGUAUAUUUCGUUUGUGGUAUGAUAUAACGCGGUCGUGUAAGGAAAAUUUUUUGAAUAAACUUGAAGUAUGCUGUGAAAAAACUAAACAUGGCGGAUGAAGAUGUAAAUGGAGAUUCGGAUGAACAGCAACAGGAAAAGUCACAGAAAAAGGCAGCUAAAUAUGACAGCGGUGCUGCAGAUUUGGAAAGAGUUACCGAUUAUGCGGAGGAAAAGGAAAUAUCCUCGUCGGACGGAUUUUCAUGCGCACUCAGUAUAAUUGGUGAUCGUCGUAAUAAAGAAGCUGCUGAAAAGAAAGCAAAGGAGAAAGAACUUCUUAAGGUUUCGAUCAAAAAAGAAGAUGUUGAUCUCAUUAUGAAGGAAAUGGAAAUAAAUCGUAAUUUAGCUGAACAAACGCUCAGAGAACAUAGGGGAGACGUUGUGGAAGCUCUGAUUACACUUACGAACUGACUGAACGGUGCAAUUAGCACAAAAAUCUCAUUACUUCAAAUUCCAUUGUAAAAUAUACAAGAUAGAGAUUGCUAUGAGAGUUUCAAUAAUUAAUAUUUAUUAAUAUAACUUACAAAAUAUACAUCGUACCUAUGCGA